GCGUUUGGUGCUCCGGCCUCCGAUGCAAAGCCGCCAGCGGAGUCGGUCGUCAAGACUCCGUUUGGUGCUCCGGCCUCCGAUGCAAAGCUGCCAGCCGGGUCGGUCUUCAAGAGUGCGUUUGGUGCUCCGGCCUCCGAUGCAAAGCCGCAAGCCGAGCCGGUGUUCAAGAGUGCGUUUGGGGCAUCGACGUCGGGUGAUUCAAGGAUUUUGGGGGGCUCUUCGUUCAGCAGUGGACUAGGCAUUGGCUCAUCAGGGGUGUUUGAUGGUGCUUCUGCAGCUGUGAGUAAUAAUCAUGUCCCCUCUGUGAUUGGGUGUGGUAUGCCAAAUGCUUUAUCGGCUUUUGUGGUUCCCAUGAUUCCUUCCGAGUAUGAUGUCGAUGCUAGUGGUGUGUCGGUAUCGGAGUGUUUCAAGGAGGUUGUGACUCGAUUUAAGUACCCGAUUAUACCUUCUACUGGUGAGGAGAUGCAGAGCUUUAUAAAGACUUUCGCCAAGGAUGUUGAAUGUGCGAAUGAAAUCGUUGUAAGUAAUAAUGGGACUUUUGAUGUGAAUAAUAUAUCUGUGAGGGCUCGUGAAUUUGAGCAAAUGUUGGCUGUGUUCCGAGAAGAGUUACUUGAAGAGAUAGGGUGUCAGCUGGAGAAAUUACGUUUGGCCUUGCUCCAGACUUCUAGGGAUACGCACGUCGUACUACCCGCAGCAUCGGGGGAUCCUAUACCCCCUGUGGGUCGCGAAAGAAGUGCAUCUGUUUGUUACUCUCAAGCGUUGCGAGCUCACUUGUCAAAUGCGUUUCGUAAGUAUUAUUAA